CUCUUUCUCUCUCCCUUCUCUUCUUCUCAUAUUUCUUCUCUACGCCUCUCCCGUUGUCCCACUUUCUCCUUUCUUUCUUCUUCUUCGUUUUCAUUUCAAUCCUUCUCCAGAUUUACUAUGGUUGUUCACGAUUGAAUAGGGAGCGCCGCAGUCCUAGAAGUCAUCGCCGCCUGGAGCUGCCACCGCCCGAAUGCUGCCACGGUCUGGAAAAUUACAGGGCCGACCACCCGUGAGCGUUUCCGACAUGGAGGAUCGAUUUACAACUUGGUGAAUUGUCGCAGACCCACAGCCACCAUGUUGAUAAGAAAUGAAUGCGUUGUGUUCCGUAUAUGAACUUCACACCUUGUGCGGGAUGCUCUGCUUCCAAGGUUUGGUAUGCCUCAUUAAUGAAUUCUUGAGGUAGUAGCUGAAGCCAUAAAGAGUAUUUAUGUUAUCCAGUUGCUUUGAUACUCAAAUACUUGGUGCUUUGAGGAUGAAUCAAUUUGUUUUAUAGUAUUUGAUGAAUGUAAUUCGUAGAAAUUGGGGCCUUAAUUUAGGUGCCCUUGUAUGUAAUAAUUAUAUUAGAUUUAGGAUUGCAGGUUAACAAAUCUUCACCAGGUAUGUAUCCCUUAACCUCCUCUUUUUGAACUGUUGUACAUAUUUGCAUGAUAUCAGAAAUGACCAAAACAUUGAAGUAGCAAAUAGUGUUUAUAUGCCAACCAAAUCUGGACUUGAUACAAAUAUUUUUGUUAAAUCAUUUUAUUAUUUAAAAUUCUAUACUGUUUUACAUAGCCCCGUUUGUGAUCCUAUUUUUUUUUAUUUAAGACAAAUUGUCAUCGUAUGACUAUGAUUUCAGUACUGAACUAAUUUUCCAUGUCCAGAAUGUUACACUUUAACAUGCCAUAUAUUACAAAUGACACUAUUUGCUGCUUCAUGUAGAGGUUGCACUUUCACAUUCUUUCAGUUUUGCUCGUUUGGCUUCUCCUGUGAUGUAUUGCCCAAAUGUAGUUGCGUCUAAGAAUUAUCCUUUCCUGCACAUCAUAGUCACGACCAAACAGAUACCAAAAACAUUUUCAAAAUUAUAACAAAUCAUAAGGUUAAGCAUUAUAGGAUUUAUAGGUCUCAACACCAAGUUUAGCAAAAUUACAGUUGUAGCACGAAGUUUAGCAAAAUAUAGUUAAUAUUACAGGCCCAAAUAAUAAGUUUAGCAAAAUAGAGUUUUAGUAGCAGAAUGAUUUCUGAAAAAUAGAGUUCUAGGUAGCCGGUUCCUCUGGUCACAUUGUUUAGGCCUUCUCCUGCUUGACUCGGAUCCUUCUCUUGUUGGUGUUGAUGUUUGCUGAAAACUGAUCAAGCAGGUUCCUAUUUACUACAUCAUUCCCUCCUAUCACAACUCGUUUCCCUUUUGCUGAUCCAGUAGCUUCCUCCACCACUCUAUCCUUGUCCUGAAAAAUGGGUUGAAUUAAGUUAAGCUAGUCGUUUGAUUUUUUUAUUUAACUGUGACUACACUCUGAAAAAUUUUGAGUAUCACCUUCUCCAAUCCCAUCUCGGCUGCUUGAACUUGAAUAGGCGUAGAAGCAUUCUCAUCUUCUGUCAUGACUGCCUAUAAAAACAUAAUUCAAGGGUUAGUACAACUUGUCACCAUCUACCUUGUUUUUCAAUGUAAAUGACACCGUUACCUUGUCUAUGGAAAGACCUUUUCUUAUACCGUUGUCAUUUUCUUCCUCCAAGUGAUCAUUAGCAUCAAAACCACUCUGUCAUUAUUGAAUAAAAUCAGCAAGGCAGUGCGUCCCAAAAUUUAAAAAAAAAUCAAAAUAUUAAAACCUUUUCCUCUUCAGUUAAAAUUUCCGGUCCUUUUGCUUGUUCAGAUGCGUUAGCAUAAAGCGCCAAAAUCGUAGGGUCCCUGAUCAUGGCGACAACCCCAUAAGAAAGAGGUCCUUGAUAGGAUGAACUUUCUGCUCUGGUUUUGACCUGGACUUUGAAGAGUCCCUUCUGGUCUAUCAGUGCCUCGAUAUCCUCUGGAAAAUGUUGAGCAUCUCCUGUUUUCUGCAACAUUUUCAAAAAAUCAUUUUAAACUUUCUCAUGAAUAUAUCUAGUCAACUUGGGAAAACAUUAUGUGUCGUUGUACCUUUUCAACUUCCUUUCUGAUGGCAGCUGCUGUUUUUCCGGUCACUUCAAUGCAUUCCUUGUCCCAUAGGGUAAAGGAUGCAUGUCCGGAGUCAUCCAUGAUGCAGACGGGAACUUUAUACCUUAGGGUUCCUCCUGGAAGAGAUAUGUUGCAAUUGUUGCACCUAAACCUGUCCUCUUCGGGCUGGAGUUUUUUGUUGCACGUAGGGCAGCUUAGAUAACACCACUCUCUGUAGUUGUCGAUAGAAACAAUAUCUCCCAAAAUCCAAUAGGUGCCAUCCUGCAUUAGGCAAGAGAAUGACAAAAUAUUAGACAACAAUAAUAUAUUUGCUGUGCGUUUGGUCUAAGGCAAGAUUUAGGUACCUUUGCAUCAUCCAAGAAUUCACUUAUCCGUAUGAUUUUUGCAUUUCCUCUCAGUACUUCUUCCAUGUCGUGGCCUAUGCUAUUUCCAGUGAAAGUGGUCACUGUAGCUACCUCCUCAUUUUCUGGUCCAAAUCUGUCAAGUUAAUAAGUAGAAUGAGACUGGGCAUUCCUAGUGGUUAGUUUAUCUAACAUGGUGUUCAUCUGGUGCGUACUGUGCCUUGAAGUCCUCAAACUCUGUUGACGUUCCAUUCAUGAUCAACUUAGAUAUGUCGUAGGAAGUAGACACCAACACCGAUCCUGAAUUGCCAUUAAAAAAUAAAUAAGCAUUACAUGUUUUUAUAGACUUAUUAAAAUCUGAUUAUUAAAUAGACUACCUUGGUAACGCUUUGGUCUGCACAUUUGAAGAAUUAUGUAAAUUGCUUCAUUCUUGUGCUCUGCGUAAAAGUCACAGAAUUCUUUGCAGUAGUUGUUCCAUAGCGUGCCUCGUAUACGGUUACCCCUAUAUAAGACCAUUAGGUUAAAUCCUUUUGAAAACUAAAGCCAUAAGUUAAAAUUAAUUAGUUAAGCACUUUUACUAACUCGGGAUCCUCCAAAGUUAGUUCUAUGAGACGCUCUGGCUUGCCAUUUAUCACAUGCGUCUGUGGAGGUGUUUUUCCAACAAUCUUUCCAAUUACAUCUGACAUAGGAUAACGUUUUGUUAUACAUUUGUUUAUUAUACAUUUCGUAAUAUAAUCGUACCAACAGCCACUCUAAAAAUUUAUAUUUAAAAAGGUACCUAUCAACAGUUUAUCGUUCACAACCCUUAGGCUCUGCAGCAUGUCGAACUGAUGAAAAUCAUACAUGAAAUUCGGAAAGUUUUCUGAAGGGUGGUCGAAAACUGCGGUUUUUUUAAUAAAUUCCAGAAUAUAUGGGUGCGAUGUAGUUUUGUACGUAUAGUAAUUGUCGAGCACCAAAAAGUUUUUUAUCCUAAAACAUUGGUUUUCCAGCAUCCUCGAUUUAUACAGGUGCAUAAGGGGUCUCUUAAUCAAUGCAUGUAUCUUUUCACCCUACAAUCCUACAUUAGUCAAAAAAAAAAGGCUUAUGAAUAUAAAAUCUGAUGUCAACGAAAAUAAAUGGAAAAAAUGCAAAAGCAUAGUUUACCUCCUCGUCAUGGAAAACAACCUCCAUUCUUGGACCUCCUUUAGUUUGGGCAGACAUUUCCACGGCCCUCACAACUCGAACUUUGAGUGCCUAUGUUGAUCUGGUAUGAUCAACGUCCCUGAUCAUUGAGUACAAUGUUCUGGGAAUUUCGUUAGGGUUUGUUGCCAUGUUGAGUGAAGGGAGUGAAUGUUGAGUGAAGGGAGUGAAUGAAGGGAGUGAAGGGUGUGUUGGUUUGAAAACAUCCGUAUGUCAGCUUUUAUAGGCAAAUGAUAUGUAUAAGUUUGAACACCCAACUACCAGAUUAAUUGCUCAACCCCCAACUACUUCAUUAAAUGCUCUAAACUGAUUCGUUUGACCAAUACAUCGGACCCAACAAAAUCUUAAAAGCAAAUGUCGAAUCUUUCAUUGGUUCCAACAAAAUUCAAGCCAACCAAAUUUAAUAAAUGAAGUGGACCCCAGACCUGCGAUCCGUUCAUUGUAUCAAUAUUAGAGAUUCUUUCAUUUAAACAAAACUUAAAGCAAUACAUCGGACCCAACAAAAUCAGAUACAGCGGCCCCAACAAAAUCUUCAUUAAAUGCUCUAAACUGAUUCGUUUGACCAAUACAUCGGACCCAACAAAAUCUUAAAAGCAAAUGUCGAAUCUUUCAUUGGUUCCAUCAAAAUUCAAGCCAACCAAAUUUAAUAAAUGAAGUGGACCCCAGACCUGCGAUCCGUUGCAUGUAUCAAUAUUAGAGAAUCUUUCAUUUAAACAAAACUUAAAGCAAUACAUCGGAUAGAAAGUGGACCCCGUUGAGAGCACAUUGUUUGGGCGGGAAAAGUGGCUGGCUUCCCACUUCGUUUUGUAUAUAGAAAGAUUAUUUGGGAAUAUCAUUCUUUUGAGCUCUUAUUCUUGUUAGUGGUUGUGCUUGGGUUGUUGUAUUGGAUUACAUUGUAAAGUUACUGUUUUUGUGUAACCAAGUAAUCGUUUUCAUAUUCUCCAUAAGUCUAUUAUUGCUGAUAUCCAUGUUAGGGUGAUAAAGUAUUUUGUUUCUCUUAGUUUAAACAUUUUUUUUGGAGAGUUAAUUACUAUAUUCUUCAAUUAUCAAUGUGAUAUUGUUUUUCUAGUUAUGAUCAAACAUUUGGUUUGACAAAAAUCUUUUUUUUAUAGAUUUAAUUGAAUGUCCUAUUAUGUUAUUCAAAUCCUUGUUCAGUUGAAAACUAAGAAUCUGUUACAAUCUGUAAUGUUGUCUUUUUUAUCCCUAGGUAAUAUGUUUCAGAAUUUUGUAUUUAUAACAUGUAUUCUAUUCAAAAUUUCCUUUAUAGUCAGCAUCCUCUUGAUUUGCUUCUUUGUUUUAUGGAGUGGCUAAGGGGGGUCCGGUCUACAGGGAUAGAUUUCAAAGUGUUCCAUAAACAUGAUAAGUAUUCGUCAUUAUCUUCCCUAUAAUAUGUAUUCUACUACUCUUCUAUUACUUAAGUUUGGUUUGUGGAAGAUGAGUGGAUACUAGUUUCAUCUAUAGAAAUCUUACACUAUAUCAUUGAACUGCACCAAUUUCGAGUAAAAAAAUCUCUGUUUUCUUAUAUGAAUAGAGCAAAAUCUGCUCAAGUUAAAUGCCCGUGUGGUAGUACGCUUUCCUGGAUCCUAAUAACCAUGUAGUUACGCCAACAUUAACCGAGGUGCCCUUUUAGGGAAAAUAAAAAGACAACAAAAUUUAACUAUUAAUUUAAAACCUCUCAAGUCAUUCCAUUUUUUUUCCUUGCACUGUGUUUCAUGCAAUCACUAUGCUUUCUGGGAGGUUCUUUUUUUGCUAGGCAUAUAGCAUUCUAGUUUUAAUUAUUCAAUGCUUAUCAAACUCUCAUACUAUAGUUUUAGUUCUUGCUACAUGAAAAGAAUGAACUACAAGAUUACCAUUUUCUUAACCUUCGAAUGGCAGGUGAGGCUUUGCUCAUAAUAACCAAGAAAGUCUCUUAAUCCCUGAGAUUGUGUUUAUAAAAAUAAGGAACACUUGAGCUACUUUCUGAUGAUCGAUCAAGUAUUCAAGUCCACUACAAAUGAGCAGCAUUUAUUUUAGAUAAUAUUUGUAAAGUAGUAAUAUGUUUAGAUAUAGCCACCGAAAUAGACUAAUGGGCUAAUGUACUUAGUAGAAUUGUCUGAGAACCAGACAUUUCAUGUCUGGUUACCGACAAUACCACAAACAAUAACCAGUGAAUGGGCUAAUGAGCUCAUGUGCUAAGUGGAAUUGUCUGUGAACCAGACAUGAAUGUCUGGCCACAGGCAAUAGCCACUGGAGCAGGCAAAUGUGCUAAUCGCAAUUAUCUGUGAAAGUGACAUGAAGCGUCUGGUUACAAACAAAAGAUACAUAUUUACAAAGUCUUUGAUUCUUAAGUGAAAAACAAGCGUAUUUACAAAUAAAGUGCUCCGUUACCGAGAACAAGCAUUAUCAUUUACAACCCAAAUAAGUUGUCAAUCCUGAUGGCAUCAAAUUACAAGAUGGCUUCAAAAUCAAAUUUAUUAUUGACAAGUAAAUUCUUUUAUUUCUCAACAAUGCAUAAAUAGUCCCAAAGCGUACCUCCUACAGGACCCCAAGCCACUCUAAUGGAACAACAUCAUCUACGAAUUAUCGCAGUAAAUCAUUGAAUGUGAUCAUGUUGAAAUUCUAUUCAUCUACGUAUUAGCUUUCAUCUAACUAAUUUUUGGCAGAAAAUAGAAUAUAAAAUAACAUCAAGAUCAGUGAACUAAUUUUAUUUACUGCAGUCAAUAAAUAAAUAGACAAUAUAAUAUGUAUACCUUAAUUAAAGUCAUAGUGAAGAGCAUAAUUUGAAUGUAGAUGCAACUAACUAAUCUUUGCAAGUAUAUUUUGGCGUAACUACUAGUUUUCUCGGAACUAAGUGAUUGAAUCUUGCAAAUUUGUUUUCUCUACUUUAAGUUUGACAGAGACCACAGUAGGAUGCUACUCAUAAGAAAUGUGAAACUAGUAAAAAAAGAAAGUAAAACUAGUUAACAAAAAAUAGGAGAAAAUGUCUUGGAUAUGAACAAAAAUUUCAUAGUCAUUCCAACAAACAUGUUAUGGGCAUAUAGGAAAAUAACGUAUUAGGAUUAAAACUCCAAUAGCUAACACCACAAUCUUUUACAAUAAAACAAAAAUGCAAUUAUUCAAUGUUACAACAUACAUAAUAACAUACAUAAAUUCAGGAAAUUAAAAAAAUAAAAAAGAACCCUAAAAUGCAUAUGAAAUAAUCGAAACAGAUUACCUCAAUAAUAAUGAUUUUGGAAAGAUUCAUCCAUCAUUAAAAGGUGAAACCUUGAGCUUCCUUUCAGAAAUUUGAGCUUUAAAAUGAGAGGAAUAGAAAGUGAUGAGUGGACAUGGAGUGUGGGACGAGUAUGCUGGAGGCUUCCAGGAGAGGUGUUCAAACAAGCUGGUGAGCUAACCUAAAAUGGAAGAUGGAUGGAGUGAAAAUGGUGGAGAAAUUAGAGAAAAAGAAGAGAGAGGAAGGAGCGUAGAAGAGAUAGGGAAAGAGAGAGUGCCGGAUGGGGAGGGUAAAAAUAAAGAGAGAGAUGAGUUAAACAAAUGGGGAGCUUUUUUUUUUGGGCUUUUAUAGCUUGUACACUUGUGUACAAGUUAUGUAACCCAAGCAUUUUUGACGGAAAUAUGACCCUUAUUUGUUUCUUCAAAAUGUGAUUUACACGGUCCAGUCUCUGGCCCAUCUCACUCUCGUAACAGACACUACGAACUCUAUGAUGGAACGGACACAAGUCACGCAACCAACACCGACUUCUUCUCAACCAUUGGACGCAUGCCGCCGCCGUCUUCAUCUCUCUCAACCUGCCGCCGCCCCCACCGCACUCCAGUCCCCGCCGCCCCCACCGCACUCCAGUCCCCGACGCCCCGACGCCCCACCGUCUUCAUGGCUUUCAUCUUCUUCUCAUUCUUCUUCGCCCCUACUUGUCCUACCCGUCAUCACUGGUCGCGCCGCCCUUUCCGUUAGCCGUAUAGAUCAUGGAUCUAACUCGCUGUCCAGAUUUCUGCUCCGCCUCUCCAUAUAGGUCGUCCAGAUCUAUGAUUUUAGCGGUCGUUAAAGCUAGGAUGAGGGGAGCUGGCGGCUAGGUUUACAGGCGGUGGUGCGGUGGGGGGCUUGGGUCGGAAGCUGAGGUUGAGGUGUGAGGCCAGCUGGGUGGGCUGGCGAGGGCAGAUCUAGGCAUUUGAAUUGGGUGGGCUAGGGUUGGCCUGUGGGACAGGGGUAGGGGCUGGCGAGGCAGAGCUGGGGUGCUAGGAUACUGGAGUCUUGUGUGUGUGGAUGCCACUUGCAGUGGUAUCAAUGUGGCUGUGUCACCGGAUUAGUGAUCGGAGUUGAGUGGAAGUCACGGGCUAGUAACCGGAGUUGGGUGGAGUCACUGUUCAGUGACCAGAAGUCACUAGGAUAGUGACUGGCGCAAAUAUGAACUACUAAUCAAAUACUUCGUAUAUAAAAGGAAUAUUAAAAUAAUAAAUGCAUGAUUAAAUACAAGGAAUAAAUGACUUUUAGUCACUUUUCGGAAAAAAAUUAAAACAUGACACAUUUUUGUCUUUUUCAUUCAUUUUAGUAAUAUUAAAAUAAAAAGCUCAUGUUUUUAUCUAAAAAUUAUUAUUGUUUGAAACUUUGAAUAAUACCACCAUCCAAAUUGCUCCCAAAUAAUUAUUUAAUUUAUUAACUAUUACGUACUUAACUAUCCAAAAUAUAAUGGAUACAGCAAGGAUGUUUUUACUUAGACUGAAAUUUUCUGGUCUGAUCUUGUCUGAUCUGGUUUGGUCUGGUCUGAUAAAUGUCUGGUCUCUGUGUAUUUUAUAAUUAUCCAAGUCUGAUUUGAUCUGGAUUGGAUGUAAUAUUAUUUAUUUUACAGAUGAAAUUUUGGAAUGUUAAAUGCAUUCUAACAAAGCAAAGUAUUUUAAACUAUGCAACAAUUCUAAUACAUUUGUGUUUUUUUGAAAAACAUGCGAUCAUGGUGUGAAAAUGACUUUUUAUAUAAAGUUCGGGGUAUAUAUAUUACAUAUGCAAGUUUGGGGUACUUAUCUCACACCUUAUUAAAGUUUGAGGUAUUUAAAUAGCUAAAAUGAUCCUCUAGAAUAACUUCAAUCAAUUUUAGCUAGAAAAGCAACUCAAACCUGGUUUAUUUUAAUUGUUAUUAAACGAUUCGCACACGAAAAUCAAAAGUUACAUCUGUGGUGAAAAAGUUGAAUGAUAAUUCUUGAUAAGUUUAAAAUACGGGUAACCAAACGGACUCUUAAUCUAAAUAUUAAUGAACACAACAAGUGAAUUCAACCGUUUACUGUAGAAGAUAAUAAUAGUAAACCCUACUUCUCAAAAGGGAUGCCAAAGUCCAAACAGUCUAACAAAGUUGCCUUCUCCGUAAACAACCCUCAACUACAUAUUAGUAUCAACAACUAACUAUCAAACUAUUUCUAACCCUGGAUGGGAUGAGGAGGAGUCACCAUCUCAUUUAUUACACUUCGUUAAAAAUGAAGUAAAUGGAUUCGCAACUUAUCUAGUUCAACACUAAAGAUUUAAUGUUGACAUUGCCCCUCCCUUACUUUGAAGCUUGUCCCUAACCUUUAAUCUUAGAAAAUUACUUUAUUAUUUUGUCAGUCUUCCCAUGUAGCUUUAUCUGAUCGUAAAUGCUUUCACCUAAUCAAUAAUUGAACAACAACAUCAUUGUUCCUUUUAACACUCCUUCUAGCUAAAACUUUAGCAGGAACCAACAAAGUGUCACAUUCUUGAUUCAUGGCAGGAAUGUUAUUGGUAACUUACCUAUUUUUUUAACAAGGAUACAUGGAAAACUGGAUGUAUCUUACUCCCUUCAGGUAGAUUCAAUUUGUAGGCCACAACUCUUAUUUUUUUCUAUAAUGGGAAAAGGUCCACAAUACUUACGACUUAGUUUCCAUAUAGCGGAUUUCUCCUGUUCAUCUACCUAUAAGGUUUGAGUUUCAAAUAAACCCAAUCCCCUGUUGCAUAUUAUCUUUCGCUGCUACCUCUGUCAACCAAUUGUUUCAUCCUGUAUUUAGAUACUUGGAGCUCAUGUUCAAGUUUUUAGGAGCGGGUUCAUAUUCGACUUGCACAAUCGAAAUCUCUCCAUAUGAUCCUAUCUCCAUCAUGGGUGGUUUAUAACAAAAAAGAGCCCCAAAAGGACUCAUCCCAAUUGUCGUGUGAUGACAAUUGUUGUACCACCACUGGACCAAGGAAAAUCAUUUGCUCCGGUCCUUAAGAAUCCUUUCGCUCUUAUGCAUCUAAUAUAAUGGAUGACAAGCCGUACUUAAGUCACGUUAUAAGGAAUGCUCAGGGCAGGCUGUGAACCUUUUGAAAAGUUCCAUUCUUUGUGGGAAAUCUCCUCCAGCAAGACAAUCUAAAAUCAAGGACCUCCUGGGUAUGAAGCUUUCCAGUUUACCCAUGAAAUACCUUGGUGUUAACCUGCACAAAGGGAUAAACAGGUUUGAAUAUUGCAGCAAUAUUAUCACACAGUUUGAGAGCAAACUUUCUCCUUGGAAACAAAAUAACUUGUCACAAGGGGUAGAUUAAUUCUUAUAAAACAUGUGCUUAAUUCUAUUCUUCUACACAUUUUAGCUGUGGAUACUUUACCUAAGAAGGUAAUUAAGGUGCUUAAUAGUAAGAUGUCCUCUUUUUUCUGGGGCUCAGCCAAUGACAUGAAGAAACAUCAUUGUAUUAAAUGGAAUAAACUAUGUUAAAAGGCAUUCACACUCAAAUUGUGGUGGAAAUGGAAAACUGGGGUCUCUCUUUGGAAUCAGAUUAUGAAAUCUAGGUAUGGAAGAAAUGAUAAUAUGAUACCUAAGAUCACUGAUUCUGCUAUUUGGAGGCGUAUUUGCUCUGCUGAUGCUCUUGGGUCAGAAUUGUGUACCAUGGACCAAACUGGAAAGAUAUCCUGGAAUGAAGAAAAUGAUGGUCAGUUUUCUAUUAAAUCUGCUUAUGAGGAAGUAAGAGAUUUAGAUUUCAACUAUCCUGUUUAUCAACAAAUUUGGGAAGCCAAGACUGAAAUAAAAAUGAAGAUUUUACAGUGGAAAAUUGUUAAGGGUAUUCUGCCCACUGCAGAUAACCUUAGCAGAUUUCACUUUGUGUUAAAUCCAUCAAUGUGUCCCCUUUGCAGAUGUCAUAGUGACUCUAUGAAACAUUUGUUCUAUCAAUGUCAAGUGGCUAAAGAGGUGUGGAGAUAUUUUUUCAGUAUUUUUGGUAUCUAUCAACCACCUGGUGUGGAUUAUAGCCAUUUACAUUAUUGGAAAUUGCGAAAUGGUCCUAUAAGUUUGGUUGAUUUUUUUAAACAGAGUUUGCCUGGGAUUAUCUGUUGGACAAUAUGGAAGGAGUACACCAAUCAUAUUUGGGGUUCUGGGGGUGGAAUAUCUAACCCUAAUUAUAUCAUCCUCCAAGUUAAGAUGUAUACCCAGAGUUGGGUUGCUACUUUGCCUACACACAAGAUUCGGAUUACAGGAGAUAUUCUUUUUCAGGAGGGCUUGAUUCAUAAACAUUUUUGCUUACAAUGUUAUAAACCUCAGAUUAUCAAAUGGCAGUUGCCAGUCAAGAAAUGGAAAAUUAAUGUGGAUGCAGGAUACUUAGCUGGUAAGGCUCGAGGAGGAGCUGUUCUACGUGACCGAAGAGGAGGAUUUGUAAUGGCGAUUUGCUUCCCGGUAUGUGCAACAUCCUCCUUGGAGACUGAAUUGAAGGCCAUCCUUUCCGCUACUCGUUGGGCGAUGGAGGAGGGGCUUGCUGAUUUUUCAGGUGGAAUCAGAUUCUACGUUGGCUAUGGAGUAUAUUGUGGGCAAGAAGAAGAGUAAAUGGGCGAUUCAUAUUCAGGAAGUCACAGACCUAGCUUUUAGGAAAGGGGUGGAUUUCGGACAGAUGAAAAGGGAAUGCAACUGGGCUGCGCAUCAUAUGGCCCAAUUCCAGACGGACGGGUUAAAGGUUUUUUCUGGACUGGAUCAGCUUCCUACUCCUGCAAAAAGAGCCUUUUGGAUGGAUUUUUUUGGUAUUCCCUCUAUUAGAUUGUAAUUUGACUUUAUCAAGUAAGGUUUGGUCCCCUUGAUUUUGUAAUUUCUUCUAUUUCUAAUAAUAUCUGGUAAAUGUCCCC